GCGGAGGCGGAGGAGGAGGAACAAAGAAACGUGUGCAGAUUUUUUUUUAAAUAAAAAAUUAGUCAAAUUAAAACGGAGUCGUGAUGAAGACUGACGCGGAGGAGCGUUUCUUCUUCGUGUGAAACAUCAGCAGCUCCAUCAUGUCUGAGGAGGCUGCAGGAGCAGAGCCAGGCCCAGAGGAGGAAGAGGAGCAAGGAGGAGGAGCAGGAGAGGGAGGUGAAGAGGGAGGAGGAGGACAAGGAGGAGGGAGAGAGGUUGCCAUGGAAACCCCAAACGGUCCAGUAUACUGUAUCUGCAGGAGACCGGACAUCAACUGCUUCAUGAUAGGGUGCGACAGCUGCACAGAGUGGUUUCAUGGCAGCUGUAUUGGAGUUUCAGAGAGAGCAGCUAAAGCCAUCAGAGUUUGGUUCUGUCCAUCCUGCAGAGACAGAGAACCGUCUCUGGGGAUUAAAUACCGUCCAAAGAAGAUGAAGGAGGAGAAGGAGUCGGAGACAGAGAGGGAGGAAAAAACUGAUGGAGACGGGAGCUCCACCCCCCAACCCAAGAUCGACAGGAGGCGGGGCUCACAGAUCAAGCGCUCGGCCCGGAUGUGUGGCGAGUGCGACGCCUGCCUGAGGACGGAGGAUUGCGCUCAAUGUGACUUCUGUAAAGACAUGAAGAAGUUCGGAGGUCCAAACAAAAUCCGACAGAAGUGUCGACAGAGGCAGUGUGAGGUCCGAGCCCGGAAGAUGCUUCGUGUCAAAGACGAGGAGAUGAGUCGAAGCGGCAGCAGGGGGCGGGGGCUCUUGAGGAAAGGGGCGGGGCAUCAGACAGAGGAGGAGGAGGAGGAGGAGGAGGAGGAGGAUGAAGAGGAUGAGGAGGAAGAUGGCGUGUUCAGUGAGAGCGAGCUGGAGCUGUACGAGCAGUACAAAGCUGCCGGAUACAGAGACCUGGUGUGGCACAGUGAGGAUGAGGAUGUUCAGCUGGACUCUAUGAGGAAGAAGGCCGUGAAGGUGAAACAUGUCAAGAGACGAGAGAAGAAGACGGAGAAGAAGAAGUCUGUGUCUGUCCCUAAAGAGGAGGUGAAGCCUCGUCGUCACAAAGCCAAGCAGCGCCACAGGGAGCGCGUGCGACACAGUGAGCGAGGUGGAGAGGGUGGGGCCAAGGAGGUGGGCGGAGCUCUGAGGCAGUGUCUGGGUCCAGGAUGUGUCCAGCCAGCGAGAGUUAACUCCAAAUACUGCUCCGAAGACUGCGGCAUGAAGCUCGCCGCCAAUCGGAUCUAUGAGAUCCUCCCUCAGAGGAUCCAGCAGUGGCAACAGAGUCCGUGCGUUGCCGAGGAGAUGGGGCGGAGACAGCUGGAGCGAAUCAGGAAGGAGCAGCAGGCAGCAAGGCUCCGCCUCACUCUGAUGGAGAAACGUUUUCAUGAGCUCGAAGGCAUCAUCGCCAACGCCAAACAACAGCAGGUCCAACAGCACGAGGAGGUGACUGAAGGAGACGGUGAUGAUACAGACCUUCAGAUCUUCUGUGUUUCCUGCAGUCAUCCUGUCAACCCGAAGGUGGCGCUGAGACACAUGGAGAGAUGCUACGCUAAGUAUGAGAGUCAGACAUCGUUUGGAUCCAUGUACCCAACACGUAUAGAGGGAGCGACCCGGCUGUUCUGUGAUGUGUAUAACCCUCAGAGUAAGACGUACUGUAAGAGGCUGCAGGUUCUGUGUCCUGAACACUCCAGAGACCCAAAGGUCCCAGCAGACGAGGUGUGUGGAUGUCCUCUGGUUAAAGACGUCUUCGAGCCGACAGGAGAGUUUUGUCGCGUGUCAAAGAGGAAGUGUAACAAACAUUACUGCUGGGAGAAACUCCGCCGUGCUGAGGUCGACCUGGAGCGAGUCCGAGUGUGGUAUAAGCUGGAUGAGCUGUUCGAGCAGGAGAGGAAUCUGAGGACGGCGAUGACAAAUCGAGCCGGUUUAUUGGCUCUGAUGCUGCACCAGACCAUCCAGCAUGAUCCAAUCACGACAGACUUGCGCUCUGCCAAGGACAGUGUGUUUGUGAAUAUUUCAAACAACAGAGUGCAUUGUGGGAAGUGGAGGCUUGUUACAACCAGCAGACAGGUGAACAUUCACACGUCAUCAUCAGCUCUGAGACAGACAGACGAUCAGACUGACAGACACUGGACUGACAAAUAUCUGGCAGCCAGGAGAGAAUGAUGAUGAGACACUGAGGUCACAGCGAUGAGGUCACAGUCAUGAUGUCACAGCGAUGAGGUCACACUCUGGUGAAUGUAAUGUGAUUACAUGUUUAAUAAUAAUGUGAAUAUUUGAUAUCCUCGGCCAGUGUUUUCAUUCUGUUUUUAUAUCCUUUAUUCCUCCAGUACUACACUACCCAUAAUUCCGUCAGUCAGAGAUGUUGCCGUUGCUAUGACGAUGCACUGACUGAACACUACAGUUCUUUUAAAAACAUUUGUAAAAUCUGUAUUUAUUGAUCUGACUGUUUAUUUCAUAUUGAACACUUAAAAAUAGUAAAAACACGACAUGCAGCUGAAACUUUAAUAUGUUCAUGUUUAUUGUUUUUUAUCUGGACGUUCUUCUCGUUCUUUUAUCAUUUUUAUAUUUUUUAAACUAUUUGAUGGUUUCAUGUUGUCGUUGUUUACAAACUGAUGUUUCAUUAAAACUGAUGAUGUUUUAUUAAA